AGGAUAUAAUGAAAUAUCAGGAAGGCAAGCUAGCCGCUAGCCAGCAGCAAUCCGAAGAGCAGGGUUGAGGGCUAAAACCCUAGGGCUGUGACUGAAGCUACAAUUAUCUGAUAUAAAGCCCUUGUCUAGCUGCUUGCAAAGCGCAUAGCAAAGAGGCGUAGUAGCAUUUGGGAAUAAAAUCAACGAUAGUGAAUGGUGCUUUCGAUCAGAAGACGCGAAAGGGGGGCAAAACCCAACAAAAACCCCAAGACUAAGUAGGUGGUUGUCUUCCUUAUCUGCAAUGAUUUCCCAGGUGAACUACUUUGUUCCAUCUCCUGUUGUUAUCCAGAAACCCGUUGCUGUGCAGAGCCCAUCUUUUGUUUUUGUCAAAAUUCGAUGCUUUCGCACUUCUAGAACUACCCACCAUCCUAAUCUGACUCUCACAGAGAAAGCUCUGCCAUCCACUUCUCUUAGUGCCAGCCGAAUAUCCCGUUUUGUGAGAACAGAGGCACAAGAAGCACUCUUCGAUUACCUACAUUGUACUAGAAACUUCUACUUUGCUGAUGCUGAGCACAUUAGCAAGAACUCUCCCGCUUUUCUUCAAAAACUGCUCUCCAAGAUUGAGAAUGAGCAACACAUUGCCCGGUCUUUGUCUAAAUAUUUUCGAUACAAUCCCAUCAAUGAGUUUGAGCCAUUCUUUGAAAGUCUAGGUUUGACCCCCUCCGAAUUCUUUUCACUUCUUCCCCGUGACUUGAUCUUCUUGAGUGAUGAUCACGUCAUGCUCGACAACUUUCAUGUUCUUUGUGAUUAUGGGAUUCCCCGUAGUAUGAUUGGCAAGAUAUUUAAGGAAGCCAAGGAAGUGCUUGGACUUGAUUAUGGGGUGUUGGCUCGGAAACUUCAAGCUUAUGAAGAACUGGGUUUGGGUACCUCCACGGUUAUUAAGUUGGUGAGUUGCUGCCCCUCAUUAUUGACUAGUGGCAUUAACAGUGAGUUUAUCAGGGUUUUUGAGAAGUUGAGUGGAUUAGGGAUGAAAAACGACUGGAUUGGAGGCCACCUAACCAAUAAGAGCAUAUAUAAUUGGAACCGAAUGCUUGACACGAUGGAGUUUCUUGAUAAAGUUGGUUAUAGUAAGGAGAAGAUAAGAACUUUGUUUAAAACAGAUCCUGCCUUACUGUUUGAAGGCUCUGGGAAGAAGAUCUACAUAUUGGUUGGUGGGUUACUUAAAUUGGGUCUCAGUAUGAAUCAGGUUGCUAACUUGAUCUCGCAGAACCCUCAGAUUUUGUCCAGGAAGUUUGCUCAAAAGCUUUGGCGUGCAGUGAGUUUUUUGUUAGAUAUAGGAAUGGAAAUGGAAGAAAUUGGAAAUAUUGUAUCCACCCACAUGCAACUAAUGAUAUCACAUUCUCUUAAUGGACCAAAAACUGUUCUGAGAAAAUUAAAAGUCGGGAGAGAUGGCUUAUGCCAAAUUAUAAAGGACGAUCCGAAUAAGAUGUUCAUUUUGGCUUCUAAAUCAAGUGGUAUCAACAUUGAACAAAAAGCUGGAAAAAAUCCAAGCAAGAUUCUUGAGAAAACCGCAUUUUUGUUGAGAUUAGGAUAUACUGAAAACUCAGAUGAGAUGGUGAAGGCUUUGAAACAGUUUAGGGGCAGAGGAGAUCAAUUACAGGAGAGGUUUGAUUGCCUGGUUCAAGCUGGUUUGGACUGCAAUGCUGUCUCAAACAUGAUCAAACAAGCUCCAUCAGUGCUAAAUCAGACCAAAGAUGUGCUUGAGAAAAAAAUUGACUGUCUCCAAAAUUGUUUAGGCUAUCCACUGGAAUCUGUGGUGGCAUUUCCUGCAUAUUUAUGUUACGAUAUGGAGAGGAUCAAUCUCAGAUUUUCAAUGUAUGCAUGGCUGAGAGAGAGAAAUGCAGCAAAGCAUAUGUUAUCCUUGAGCACACUCCUUGCUUGUUCAGAUAAGCGAUUUGUAAAAUAUUUUGUUAGUGUCCAUCCUGAAGGUUCAACCAUAUGGGAAAGUUUGAAGAAAUCAUCCUCCUUGUGCUAAGUUGUUUUAUCCACUGUAAUAUGUGAUUGUUUAUAGAGUCUAUGGAUAUGGACACACAAACCAUUUUUCUAAUGAGCAGAUAGUUUGUUGUACUUCAAUAAA